AUACCAUAUCAAUGUUUUAGUGUCUGAAAAGAACAUUAACCUGACAGAGUUACUUGUGAAUAAACCUCAUAUGAAAAGUUUACUUCACAAAUAAAAAUGAGUGCACCGAUAAAAUUCUAUUACGAUUUACUAUCGCAGCCAUCAAGAGCGUUGUACAUAUUUCUAAAGCAGACAAAAAUUCCCGUCGAUGAGCAUCCCAUCGCAUUGCGGAAAGGUGUACAUUUAACGGAUGAAUAUCGCGACACUGUGAAUCGAUUCAAGAAAGUGCCAGCAAUUGUAGAUAAUAGUUUCCAGUUAUCAGAAAGUAUUGCUAUUUUUCGCUAUUUGACCAGUCAAUAUGAGGUUGAUGAUCAAUGGUAUCCAAAAAACAACCACGUCCGUGCGCGAAUAGAUGAAUACUUAGAAUGGCAACAUUAUCACACAAGACAAACGUGUGCUCAAUAUUGGAUGUUAAAAUACAUGAAACCGCGUACCAUUGGUCCAAGUCCCGGCGACGCCCAAAUUGUCGCUUCGGCCGAAGCUCAAAUGGAAAAAACAUUGGAUAUGAUUGAAAAUCUAUGGCUUCGACCAGGUUCCUUUAUAUCUGGCACUAAUCAAAUUUCAUUUGCCGAUAUAUUGGCCGCUUGUGAAAUCGAACAACCAACCAUGACAGGAUAUGAUCCCACGGCAAAUCGUCCAAAUGUUGGUGAAUGGUUAAAAUUGGUGCGACAAUUUACCAAUCCUGCCUACGAUGAGGCACACGCAAUCUUAUAUAAACUCAAAGAACAACAACAAGCAAAAUUGUAGAUAUUUAUUAUUAAGGUUUCAUUUCAUGGAAUUCAGCAUCACAUUGUGAUGAAUAUAUUUCGGUUUUGGUUCUUCAAAUAUAGAAAACUUAUUCGUUUGUUGUAUUAAAUAAAAUGCA